CUGCGCACUGCAUAUGCACACUUUGAAAUGUCAAAAUUGUAUCAAUAAUUUUGCUCGAGUGAUUGUUGAAUCAUUAUUUUGCAUAGAUUCUUGUAAUUGCCCAAAUUUAAAGUUAUUAUUAUUUAAUGUUUAGUAGAUUUUAGGGCUGAUUAAGAUUUUUUGUAAUUUCAUAAUAUCAUAAUGGAUGACGUUUUAGAUGAAGUGGUUUCAUCGGAAGAUUUGCAAAAGUUCGAGAAAGUUUACCACGAACAGUUGCACCAAGGCAGAGUUACGCAUAAAGCACAGUUCGAAUAUGCGUGGUGUCUCGUAAGAAGCAAAUAUGCUGCAGAUAUUAGAAAGGGUAUUUUGCUUUUAAAAGACUUGUUCAAUACACAUGCAGAGGGCAAAAGGGACUACUUGUUCUACCUUGCUAUUGGCAAUGCUAGAAUCAAGGAGUAUAAUAAGGCGUUGCAUUAUGUCAAAGCAUUCCUCGAUAUUGAACCAGCUAAUCAGCAGGUUCUAGUGUUGGAGCGUCAAAUUAACAAACGCAUGGAAAAGGAAGGUUUAAUUGGCAUUGCAGUGGCAGGAGGUGCAGUGUUGGCUAUUGGCGGUCUGGUCAGUCUUGGUAUAGCACUUGCUAGCAAGAAAUAGCAUUUGGCCUGUCUAAUGACCGCAUUUCAGGGCGUUCAUUAUCUUCUUACCAAAAAGAAGUUGAAAAAGGAGUAGAGGACUAUCGCGACACCAAAUUUAUUUAUUUUACUAGUAAUAUAUAAUUUUGUACAAAAUGCAAGCUUGGUCUCCUUAAUAUACUUUCCCUUUGUAUUAAGUGUAUUAUUUGUUUAUAUACUUGUAAUUUAUUUUUCUAGCUUUAGGCUUCAAUGUAGUUAAGAUGUAUGUGAUUCCAUUUAAUAAAUAUUAUUUGUUUA